CAUAGCCGCCUCCCCUCAGUCCUGCGCGGUCGCCAUUUUGAGUCUGUGUCUUCACACUGCGCCACGAUACACGGAAUUCACCCGCUUCCCAGGGACUGACACCCCAAAACACCCCCCCUCUACCCCAACCUGUGUUCCCCCGUCACCUCCCAUACCCACUCCACUGAGCUCCUUGCCCACCAUCUCACCACCAGAGGCCAAAGCCAGUCAGAGGGGCCCGCUGUGGACCCCUCCAAAGCGCCCUAAAGUUCUCCCUGGCCCCGCCGUGUUACAGUGCAAACCACACGUGGACUCAUGUGAUGUAGCCGCUCACAAAAGUGACACUUAAGUCCAGUACAGAAAGUCAAUGCUUGUUAUGGCCGUGGAGGGCACCAGUGUCCAUGAAUCCUCCUCCCCAACAUCAAACCAUGAAAAUGAACCAAAUCUCCUCUUCCUCCCCGCCGAAAGGGAGGACGGUGAGCUGGAAGAGGGAGAGCUUGAAGAUGAUGGAGGUGAAGAUGCUAGCCGUGAUGUGGCUGAGCCAGAAGCUCCACGAGAGAAGACCGAAAAACACCACAGCGAGUCAGAAGAUGAAAAAUCACAUCGCAAGAUGAAGAGGAAACGUAGGAAGGAGAAAGACAAAAAGAGAGCUAAAAAGAAAAGAAGAUCAAAGCAUAAGCGCCAUGCAUCAUCCAGUGAAGAUUUCUCUGACUAUAGUGAUGAUUCAGACUUCAGUCCCAGUGAGAAGAGUCACCGAAAAUACCGCGAGUACAGCCCAUCAUACCCUCCGCCACACUCGCAGUACCCUCCUCCACCGCCUCCUAAGAAGGGCUACUCCAAAAUGGAUAACAAGAACUACAUGUACGAGGAAUAUGAGAACGAUCAGUAUGUGGAUUACGAAGGUGACGAGGGAGAUGAAAUAGCCCCAGAGGAUUAUGAUGACUUUGCCAAGGAACUGAACCAAUACCGAAGGGCCAAAGAGGGCAGCCAUCGUGGCAGGGGAAUGCGAGGACGGGGUAAAUUAAUACGUGGACGUGGAAGAGGCAUGAUGAGAGGACGGGGAGUUUACAGGGGGAGAGGUAGAGGAAGAGGAUUUUCUGGGGAAGAGCAAGAGGAUGAUGAGCCGUAUGAGGAAGAGAUGGAGUAUGGUGAUGAGGAAAUGAUGGGAGAUGAAGAAUAUGAUGAUUACUCAAAAGAGCUGAACCAGUAUCGCAAGUCUAAGGGAGGCAGAGUGUUUCAUAGGGGCCGUGGCCGGGGUCUCCGUGGCAGGGGGUUUAAACCCAUGGGUCGAGGGCGAGGCAGAGGGAAAAAUGAUGAUGAUGAAUACUAUGAGGAAGACGGAGAUGGAGGAACGUACCGAAAUGACUAUGAGAAGCCUUACCGUCGAGCAGACAAGAAAGGGAAAGUCAUCUGCAGAUAUUUUGUGGAAGGUCGUUGUACCUGGGGGGAGCACUGUAAUUUCAGCCAUGAUGUGGACGUUCCAAGGCGCCGUGGACUUUGCAAGUUCUAUGUCACAGGUUACUGUGCUAGAGCUGACAAUUGCCCCUACAUGCACAGUGAUUUUCCUUGUAAGCUAUAUCACACCACAGGCAGUUGCGUCAAUGGCGAAGAGUGCAUGUUCUCCCACGAGCAACUAACAGAAGAGACACAGGAGUUGCUUGAUAAGUUAUUGGCGGAGGAUGCAGAAGCUGGAGCUGAGGAUGAAAAGGAUGUAGAAGAAUUAAAAAAACAAGGCAUAAAUCCUUUGCCUAAACCACCGCCUGGUGUGGGACUGCUACCUACACCUUCAGCACCAUCAGGACCUUCUAAUGCUGCAGGACCAUGUGACCCAGCAUCCCCACCACCUGCUGUACCAUUACCAUCAUCUGGUCCAUCAGUUCCUGCUCCUCAACUUUCUGGGGGUCCAGUUCUAAGUGGGCCAUUGCCAGGCUCAGACAUGCAUGGACCUGGAAGCCCUCCAGAAGAAGAAAUAAUGACUGGAGGUCCUGGGCUAGUUCCUGAAGGCCCUGUGAUGGGUGGACCAAUUCAUGGUGGUCCAGGAGGCCCGAUUCCCGGUGGUCGUCCAUUGCCCGGAGGCCAUAUGUCAGGAGGUCAAAUGCACGGAGAGCCAAUGCCUGGUAUUCCUGUUCCUGGUGGCCCAAUGCAUCCAAUGCUUGCUGGGCCUGGAGAGCCACUACCACCAGAAGGUCCAUUGCCUCCAUAUCCAGGAGGCCCUAUGCAUCCCUGUGAGGGAGGUCCCAUGCCUCCAAUGCAUGCUGGACCUGGAGGCCCACUACCUCCAAUGCAAGAUGGAGGACCAAUGCUUGGAAGUCCACCAGGGGGUCCUCCAAUGGAAACAAUGCAGGGCAGCCCGUUGUCUGGAGGAUCUCCCCAUAUGGAUUCACAGAUGUGCCAGCGAAAAAUACCAUCCCUGUUUGAAAUUGUAGUGCGGCCCACUGCCCAUUUGGCUCAUAAAUUGGGUGUCAGACCCCCUGGUCCACCCGGAGGUCCCCCAGGCCCACCUCCACCAAGGUUUCCUGGGCCUCCCGGACCCAUGGGUCCUCACGAUAUGGACAUGGAGGAAGGACCACCCAUGAUGCCCUUUGGCCCUGAUGACGGAUCGGAUAUGAUGGUUGAUGGUCCACCUGGCCCAGACUUCUAUGGUGAAUAUUAUCCAGACCCGAAUAUGGAGAUGGGACCUGAUAUGAUGGGAGAUGGAGGUGCCUAUGACAACUAUGGAGAUAUUUCAGAAGAUCCUCACCGAUACCACGAGCACAAUUCAGAAGAAGAUCCCGAAAAUAUGGACAUGCCACCUUUCAACAAAGGGAACAUCCCAGACUUCUUGCCCUCUGCACAACGGGCACUGUACAUGCGUAUUCAGCAGAAACAGCAAGAAGAAGAGGAGCGAGCAAGGAGGAUGGCAGGAGGAACUCAGCAGGACAGAGAUAAUGAAGAAGGUGAUCCUGGCAACUGGUACUCCAGUGAUGAGGAGGAAGGAGGAAGUAGCGUUACCUCAAUCCUUAAGACAUUACGGCAGCAGUCAUCUAACCGACCUGCUGCACAGGCUCCUGACAGAGACACUGGUACAGGGGGACAGGUUGACCCUCGUCUGCAAAAAAAUUCCGCUGCCCCGUCUAGCCGUCCUACUGAUCCCCGUCUCUCUCGUGAUCCUCGACUGUCGCGCAAUACAGACAACCCUCCAUCUGACAAAGGGCCAAGUGACCCUAGAUUGGCUAGACAUGCAGUCCAGUCUUCCAAUCAAGAUUCUCCAGUAAAUAAAGUCGCUGGAGAUGAAGAAGAAGGUGAGAGGAUACUACGGGAAAAGCCUGUUAACAUCCCCCUUGAUCCUCUCCCUGUACAUACAUUAAGAGACCCGAGAAGCAAGCUUCAGCAGUUCAGCCACAUAAAAAAAGAUGUAAGUUUGAUCAAACCAAGCUUUGCCAGGACUGUUUUAUGGAGUCCUGAAGACCUUAUCCCCCUGCCCAUUCCAAAGCAGGACUUCAUACCAGUGCUUCCUGCACUACAGUCCAUGCAAGGUCUUGAUUCCAGAGUUAACCGUCCGUCCACCUCAACAUCAAAUGACCCACGUCAGAGGGGAACAGCUACUGAUGCACCAGCAUCAAAUUCUAGCCUGCCAGAUUUUGAACUGCUGUCUAGGAUUCUGCAGACUGUCAAUGCUGCCUCUACUACUACUGCAGCAGCACCAGCUGAAAAACCCAGUGAUCCGCGAACACGGAAGCCUCCUGCUGACCCGCGUCUUCAAAAAUCCACAGAACCUGCGGUGCCUGCAAGGCCACCAGAGCCCACACAGCCCCUUCCCAUAAUACCUCCUACUGAGAGCACAACAACCAUUGCUCCCUAUGACCCCCGUUUGCUGACUGCAGGGGGCCUGAGCAAACCCAGCGGCCAAAGUAACGUUCUCAGCUCCAUUAGUUUGUAUGACCCACGAACAGGGAGCAAGAAUUCAGCUGAGACCACUUCUAAUGAGACAUCUUCUAAGGGUUCAGACAGCAAAACUGCCAGUAAACCAAAAGAGCCCCUUUUUGUGCGCAAGUCUGCCCUGGACCAACCGGAAGCAGAUAAACCUACUUCAGAUACUGCCACUGACCGCUACAACAGUUAUAACCGACCCCGUGCUAAAACUGCAGCUGUCUCGGAUAGCAGCCAGGCUCCUGUUCACAACUUGCCAGUGCCAUCUGUCUAUGGCUUGGUCAAGCAAGCCAAGAGCGGCAAUGGAAGCCCCUUUGCUGGAAACAGCCCAACACAGGACACUGAACAGGACGCCGGCUCACUUAAGGAUGUUUUUAAAGGAUUUGACCCCACGGCAUCUCCAUUCUGCCAGUGAAACCCACAUACAUAACAACACGCGCUUAUAUAAAUAUAAUUUUUUUUUUUUUUUUUAAGCAACUGAUACCACUAUUUGUAAAGUCAGCAAAGUAAAUCUUCGUGGAUAUAAACCGAAGAGAGAAAUGUAACAGUUCCGCAAUCUGUUUUUAAAUGAAUAAUCGUC